AUACCUCAUAACGCACACUGUACAAUGACAUAACAAAAGGAGAUUUAGUCUAUACGGACGGGUCGUGUAUACUACUUGGGAUUUUGUGCAACUACGCGGUAGUAGUGUCCCAAAUUACAGCAUGUUUAUACCCCUAUGUUGAUAAAGUCAUCCAAAAUAUCUCCCCAAAAUCCGUCAUACCGUAGUUUUAGUUCCUCCGUCGCCGAUAAUCCAUCAUGACGACCAGAAUGGCCAUGCGGUCGACAUCGGUAGAACCGGGGCCCAAGGUGCGCCCAAAUUACUCGGCUGAUCUCGACAACAGACUUGCAUACGGCAACCUACCGCGCUGGAUCGUGCAGGGUGUCGAUGUACCAAAAGAUGUAAGGAUUAUGCAGAUGUCACAUGCCAAGGGACAGAGAGCUAAUCCACCCCUGUAUGCUGGUAACAGCACUGGCAUCAUCAGAUCAGCCCCUCAACCACGCCCCGACCCUCAGGUCAAACCCUACACCAUCAAGACCCCCUGGGCUGGGCAGGGCGGAGAGACAUAUACCGCAUAUGUAUCGAGGAAGCAAUCAGUACCCAACCUAACUGACUCACCCUACGCCUACUCGGCCUCUCACCUAGGAGAGCAGCCUAAACGAUCCUGGAAAUACAACGUCUACAACACACAUGCCAAGCAGGGCUUUAAGUUCUGGCUGGAGGAGAAGCAACCAAUCAACAAAUCACAGAAGUACACGUUCGGUUCGACGAAAACUUUCCUGGGACUUGGAAAUGGGCCAAGAAAUUAGCAUAUCGUCUCCUUCCAGAUUGCAUUUUAUCGUCCAUUUUAAUGAUGCACAUUCAUGAUCUCGUACAUUGUCGAGGGUAAAACAGUUACAAAUUGAACAUUCGGCCGAGAGCAGAUUAUUGCAAACAUAAACUGGAGCAAAACUGACCUUUGCAUGGCCAAUCAGGCGCAUUGGUGUUGUUCAGAACCGUUGAAAAGUUGUGCUUGUUGAGUUGCUGUGUCUUCUCGCUUGAAGCGUAUUAUUUGACUUUGGCAAUCUGUAUGUUGCUGUGGUGUUUUUUUUUUGAAGACAUGAAAGCGCUGCAACACAUCGAACAGUGGGCGGCAACGAAAGCCGAACUGAGUAAAAGCAGUGGUUGUUUCGCGCAUUUUGCUGUGCACGACGAAAACAAAAAUAAAUGCAAUAUACAAUUUCUGUAAAGUUGUGGCAAUGCUAUCAGGCUGAAUCGACCAUCUUAUGGUUUAUCUGGCGUAAUUGAUUGUAUACAUGUUUGCAUUAGACAUGUUGUUGUAAAUUGAAACGUAUGAGAAAUUCCCGGAUUUUUUGAAAACCCUACUCGCCCUACCGUACACCGGCUUCAUCCGCGUAGCCGGCAAGCUCAAUUGAGGCCUAUCUUCCACAUGCACAAACACCAUUGAAACUGUCUAUAAUUGCCACAGUAUCAAGAAACCAAAUAAUCUAUUAACCAAAUAUCUAGCUUCCCGUGCAGAAGCUGUUCUUUUUCAAUUAAAUGUUUAAACCAUGCCUCACAACUUACUCACAAUUUUUCAUUGUUAAUGCUUAUACAGGGCGAGU